GUGGCCAAGGCCACCGUGGACAAGUUGCUGAAGGGGUAUGACAUCCGUCUAAGGCCUGAUUUUGGAGGUGCCCCAGUCAUCGUAGGAAUGAGCAUCAACAUCGCUAGCAUUGACUCCAUCUCAGAAGUGAACAUGGAUUACACCAUCACAAUGUAUUUCCAGCAAAGUUGGCGAGACAAGCGGUUGGCAUACGCUGAGCUGCCCCUCAACCUGACUCUGGAUAACCGUGUAGCAGACCAGCUGUGGCUCCCAGACACCUACUUCCUCAAUGACAAGAAGUCCUUCCUGCAUGGCGUGACAGUGAAGAACCGUAUGAUUCGACUGCAUCCUGAUGGCACCGUGUUAUAUGGGCUCAGAAUAACCACCACAGCAGCUUGCAUGAUGGACUUGAGGAGGUACCCCCUCGACGAACAGAACUGCACCUUGGAAAUCGAAAGCUAUGGGUACACCACAGACGACAUAGUGUUCUACUGGCAUGGAGGGGACAAUGCGGUGACGGGGGUGGACAAACUGGAGCUUCCCCAGUUCUCCAUCGUGGCGCUUCGGCUGGUGUCCAGGGAGGUCAGGUUUACCACAGGUUCCUAUCCCAGGCUAUCACUGAGUUUCAGGAUUAAGAGGAACAUUGGCUACUUCAUCCUGCAGACAUACAUGCCCUCCAUCCUGAUCACCAUCCUCUCCUGGGUCUCCUUCUGGAUCAAUUACGAUGCCUCUGCAGCUCGGGUGGCCCUUGGAGUUACAACGGUGCUCACCAUGACAACCAUUAACACCCACCUUAGGGAGACCCUCCCAAAGAUCCCGUAUGUGAAAGCCAUCGACGUCUACCUCAUGGGCUGUUUUGUGUUUGUGUUCCUGGCCCUGCUCGAAUAUGCCUUCGUAAACUACGUGUUCUUUGGCCGGGGCCCCCAGCAACAGAAGAAAAUCCACGAGCGGCUGAACAAAACCAACAACGAGCGCCCGCGAUACGAAGAGAAGCGCCUGAGAGAACAGGUGGACGCGUACGGGAACAUCCUGCUCACCACGCUGGAGAUGAAUAACGAGAUGAUGCCGUCAGAUGUGGGAAGUAGCGUCAGUGACUCCCGGAAUUCAGUGAUGUCAUUCGACAGCUCCGGGGUCCAGUUCAGGAAGCCCAUGGCUCCCCGGGACGGCUUCAGCCACCACUCACUGGACCGCAGCGCCAUGCGCAGCAGGGCCAACUGUCGGCUACGACGGCGCUCCUCCAAGCUCAAGCUGAAAAUCCCCAAUCUGGCAGAUGUCAGCACCAUUGACAAAUGGUCCCGGGUCCUUUUCCCCAUCAUGUUUGUAUUUUUCAACCUAAUCUACUGGUUGUACUAUGUGAAUUGA